AUGGCGUCAUGGUGGCCAACAUUCCUGGGAUUCCUCCUGCUAACAUGCAACUCGGCCAUCGCAAUCCACAGGUCAGGCGGGCACGCCGCCACGAUACUCUUCGUCGGCGCGACGUACGCCACCCUCGUCGUCCUCUUCUGUAGCCUGCGCCGGUUCGAGACGGCGCCGCCAGGCUCGGCGGCCAGGGACCGCGCCAGAGCCGGCGUCUGGCUCACCACCACGCUGCUGACGGCCAUGUUCUCAUGGAGGGUCUCCGCGCUGAUGCCGCCGCCCCUCGCCGCUGCCGUGUGGCUGACGGGGUGUUCCACGGUGAUGGGGGGCUUCUAUGUCUUGUUCCUUCGUCCCAGGCCGAACACUGCUGACGAUUGA